AUGUCUUCCAUUUCUAUCGGAACACUCCCGCGCAUGAGUCGCGAGGCUCUGAGCGCCCUCCUCACAUCUACCACCGCAUCCGAUAAGCUUGCAAUCAUCGAUGUUCGAGACUCUGAUCAUAUUGGUGGCCACAUCAAGUCGUCGAUUUGGGUCCCAACCUCCUCUCUCGACGUUCGUUUGCCAGAGCUACUUCGCACUCUCAAAGACAAGGAGAAGGUGAUUUUCCACUGUGCUCUUAGCCAGCAGCGCGGCCCCUCUUCUGCACUCCGCUAUACCCGUGAGCGGGAGCGUACUCUGAGCCCCGAGGAGUACCAGAAGCAAGAGGUCUAUGUGCUUGAGGGCGGAUUCGUUCAGUGGCAGGAGAAGUAUGGCAAGGAUGAGAAACUGACAGAGGCAUAUGCCGAAGAUAUCUGGCAAGAAUAUUAA